GUGGCGGCGGCGGUUCUUCCAAUGAUGCCAUGACGCGCAUAGAACAGCUCCAGUGCUUUCACGAGCGCCUUUCAUUGUGCUGAUCAAAAGUAGAGGAGGUAUCUGAAACGACCUUCAAGUUCAGUUGUUUAAAAGCUGCAGGGAAGACACUAGUUGGUGAAGAGGUGAAGGUGCGAAGUGCAGAAGUGAGAGCAGGGCGAGGGGUGGCGUUCAACAAGUUUGAGUGAAGGGAGGAAGCUUGAGACCUGGAGUAGUCAGGGAUUUCGAGAUUUCUGAAGCUCUGAGAGUCAGAAGCAUGCUUGCAGGGCUUUGCAAAAGGAAUAUCUCAGCUGGUGAGCAGAAUUUGGGUUUCCGCCUCAAGCCCGAAGGCAGCAGCUAUCAAUCGACGCAAGCAUGCAGCGGCCAAGCGUUUACGUUGGUGUGCCAGAGCCGAGCUCUGGCUACCUCUCCAAAGCCUCCCCACGCCAUGCCUCUCCAGCCUAUGCUGCUACUGAAAUCGUGGAAGAGCAGCUGGUGACCAGCCAUGAGAAGCCGGCCGUAAAAAAAUCUGUGUGGUCUAUGAAGCCAGAGGAGACGGUGCAUCUGAUACCUCUCAUAUUGGUGCUGAGCGGUCUCAUUGUGAGCCUCCCAACGUUCUACAAUGCAUACCAGGGCUUGCCCCUCAGCACGACACACCGCUUGGGAGGCUCUUCUGCAGUCCAGAUGCAGAGCAUGGCGUCAGGCGACUCCAUUCUGAUCCAUCCUGAGCUGGGGCGCAGCGUCAGGGACGCUUCCUACGAGGCGCUGAAGCUCUCGGCGAGUCAGAAAGACUGGGAGGAUGCGCAGCCGUCUGAGGAGGUGGUAGCCCUGCGGAAAGCGGAGAAAGAGCUCAAGAAGAGGAAAGUGAGGAGUGCAGGCCUCGGUGCAAUUUUCAAGAGCGCAAAGACGGGGGAUGCUGGCAUCGAGAAUGUUGUUCAGAAGGUUGGGGACGCUGUGUUUGAGACGGAGGAGAAGAGCGUCGCGGCGGGAGGGGAGAGAAUUGCGGCAGCAAUAAAGAAGAUCGACCCGACCAAGAAGGACAAGAAAAAGGGUGGAAAGCAGGAAAAGAAGAAGAGCACAACUAAGGGGGAAGGAAAGAAGAAGGGGCAGAAGACAGCGGGAGAGGGGCGACCGGAGCAUUGAGUUUGUAGACGGCCGGAAACAGAAGCGGACGACCGAAGACUUUUACUGACAGUAUCAGUUGUCGUAUCUGAACGGGUUGGAUAACAAAAAAUCUAACUAACGGAUAUUGUAUGGGGUAAAGACGAAUCUGCCUGUUGGAUCCGAGCCUGGGCCAAAGGAGCUGCACUUAGUGAAUGAAAGAUUCUCUGCCAAGGCUGGGUGGGGUGUUCUGACUUGGAAGUAUCUGUCACGGACAUCCGACGCAGCCCUUUGACAUAGAGAUUCUGCUUUAUAAAUGCAUGGGACGAAGAAAAGAAAUGCCGCACGUAGCGAGGCCAUCUACAGAUACAUAGAACCGGUAAGCUUACAAUGGAGAAUCUCAAAAAGCAGGCUGGCGGUAGAGUAUGAGAUGCACUUGUGCCCCCAAUUGAAGCAUAAAGUGGCAAGUAGUCAAAAGGAGGCCGAUGCGUUCGUUGAGUCUCUGCCGCCUUCACGAAAGACAGAGUAACUGUAUAGGUAUGUACAAACAUCGUAUUAAAUGACUGGAGCAAGUCGCACAGGAUGCGCACAGGAAUCGGUAGACACAUACUGAUUCUCGUGUAGUGAGACACAAUAAGAUCAAUACAAGGACCAAUAUAUGAUUUAGACAGAACUGCCUAUGAGUGAUAAUUGGCAUGGGGGCCAGCCAGCUUAAUUACCGGCCUUCUGAUUGAGCCUGGUGUGCUAACUCUUAAUCACCUCGGUGAGUAAGUUCGGACUGGCA